GCAUCGACGAGUGCCCUGGAGAAUUUUUAUCCUUUUACCACAAUUUACAUCAUUAACAUAGCAAUCUUUUAAUUUAUUAUUUCUAAUAAUGAGUGGUGGUGGUCAAUUGGCAAUAACUGAUAAACAGGAAGGGGGAUUUUGUUCAGCGACGUGUAUCGAUAAAGUUUGCUUACAAAAUGAAAUCAAGAAGCCUGAGAUAAAAACUUCUGAUUUAUAUGCAACGUGUAAUCUACCGAAGAGAUUUGAACAUCCUCAUUGGUUCAAUGGCUACGGAUGUCAGAAGAGCAACCAGCAUCCAUUGUACCGCACAACGUCCAGCGAAUACGGGUGGUAUCCCCCCGGAGUACACUCGGUAACUUCGGUGUACUACCCCGCUGGUCAGAAGUUUACGAACCACCUUUUGGCCUCCGGUAUGUAUCGCAACUACAGUCUCAACACUGGAAUGGAUCCUGUAGGGUACUCGUAAAA